AUGGAUGCAGAUGGAGACUUACCACCGUUCUGGUCUCAGCAGACCGCCACCACCUUCUUCAACCCUCACCGCCGCCGCAGGCAGCCUUCUCCAAUCUUCAACCCGGUGGCAUUAAUUCUGGCCGUACCAAUUCUCAUAGUAGUGAUUAUGUUUUUCUUGGUCCCUCCAUUUCUUUCACACACCACUCAAAUUCUUCGUCCUAAUUCAGUGAAAAAGAGCUGGGAUUCAUUCAACAUCUUGUUGGUAUUGUUUGCAAUUAUUUGUGGCGUUUUUGCCAGAAGAAAUGAUGAGGUUCCACCAUCUGAUGAAGCUGAUUUACAGGACUUAAAUGUUUCACAAGUUUCUGAUUUUGCUAGGCCGCCGGCGCCGACGAAGGAAUCUGUUUCGAGUUCUCAGUGGUAUGGUUUUUCCGAUAAUAUUAUGAGUACUCCGGUGGGAAACGGCGGUGGUGCACGGCUGAGGAGGAGUAGCAGCUCUUAUCCUGAUCUGAGGCAGGAGUCUUUGUGGGAAAUUCGGGAUAAUAGGUUCAGGUUUUUUGAUGAUUUUGAGGUGAAAUCUUAUCGUAAUUCGCCGGUGGAUGAACAUUUUCAUCGCCAUGCUCCGCGGAGUGAGGUGGAGAGUGACGAGCCUGAGACGAUUGUGAAGGUGAUACCGGUGGAUAACUAUAAAGUUGAAACUCCACGGUCUCCACCCCCACAUCCGACACCGCCAAAAUCGCCUGCAGCACCACCUCCUCCGCCACCACCUGCAGCGAGUUUGAAGCGCAGAAGAUCUUCCAGAAGCGUCCCAAAGAAAGAAAAUUUUGAAAAGCAGAGGAAUGAGGACGAAUUUAAUGAAAAAAGAUCGCCACCACCACCUCCGCCGCCUCCACCGCCUCCACCAGUAGCAAACACGCAAUUUCCGGAGGUAAAAAGGGAAAUAAUUCACCGGAAAAAGAGUGGCACCACCAAAGAAAUAGCAACUGCAAUUGCUUCAUUGUACAUCAAAAGUCACAGGAAGAGAAAGAAGAAAGUGAAAACUAGAAAUAUUUAUAACAGCGCCUCCGCCUCCGAGUAUUCUUCACCUGAACAGUCAGGUACAGCAGCACCAUCUCCUCCACCUCCGCCUCCGCCUCCGCCCCCACCCCCACCCCCGCCACCAUCUAAGGUUUUACAAAACCUGUUCAAAAAGAGUGGCAAGAAUAAACGUGUACAUUCCGUUUCCAACACAGCACCACCUCCCCCGCCCCCUCCUCCGCCACCAAACUCAAUUUUCAACAAUAUUUUCAAAAGCAAGCGGUCCCAAUCAUCUUCCACGACUUCACCACCUCCGCCUCCUCCUCCUCCACCUCCUUCAAUUCUCAAUUCUUUAUUCAAAAAUGGAACCAAAAGCCGCCGUUUUAGGAACAUAAGCACACCGCCUCCAGCACCACUGGAACCCAGGCGGUACCACUCUGUCAACGCCGGGAAACCUCCAAAACCCAACAAAACAAGCUCCUACUACAAUGAAAGCGUCAUCAUCGCACCACCAUCUCCCCUUAUACCAAUGCCACCUCCUCCACCACCAUUCAAAAUGAAGGAAAUGAAAUUCGUGGCAAGUGGAGAUUUCGUUAAGAUAAGCAGCGCGCAGAGCUCCCAGUGCAGCUCCCCACCGCCGGAGAUUGAAGAUUUUGAUCUGAUGUCAGUCAAAUCCGAAGGUGGAGAUUCAAUCGGGCCUUCAGUUUCUUGCCCGAGCCCGGAUGUGAAUGCCAAGGCUGACACUUUCAUAGCCAGGCUGCGAGAUGAAUGGAAACUGGACAAAAUGAAUUCAAUGAAAGAGAAGAGAAAAUUGGGCUGA